AUGAGUGGGCUCAUUUCGUCUUUGUUCGAACCUGUCGUUCGACAAGCCCGCCGCUUCUCGCAGCAGAGUGACCGGCCACCCCAGCCGCCUUCCGAUGAUGACCAAGCGAGCUUCCUCCCGGGGGCGCUGGGCAAGUCCACUUCGCCAACAUACAACUAUGAUGGCAAAGAAGGUGGUAUUAUGUCGGUCCACGAAGAUCCUGAGCCCAGGCUAGAUAGUGGAUUUACGAGGUUUGGAAAUAGCCCUUCCAUACUGCCCAUUUCCUCUCUGCUCGACCCGAGCAGCCGUCGCCAUGAAACCGACGACUCUCUAAGACCAACACGGAAUGGGCAUGGGACGGAAGAUGCCCCGACAGAGGUCUCGAUCAGUCAUUCUGGGUCUCCGCGUGGUUUUGGUCAAAAUAGCGGUCCUUUGACGCCCGGGCUUGCUGGCAAUACACAGCAAAGCGACGCCGCCACAUCCACACAGAAUGUCGUACGAGAAAUAAGUCCAGGGGUGCCAAGAAGCGAGGCAGGGAACUCUUUCGAUGACUUAGAUGGACAAUUUCAGCUCCCGGCAGAUGAUGGAAUGGGUGUCUUGAGAAGAAAGAUACACGCUAUCAGAGAUCUAGGGUCUAGUAGUGCAGACAAAGCACGCAUGAUCCAUGAUUUAAUGACGGAGAGAUACAAUGCUUCCCGAGGAGAUUACAGUAAUGAGGCCUUAUCUCCAUCAAGUCCUCGAAGCCCAGAACAACCCGAAACCCCACCGUUCCGUUGGAGUAAUCAGUCCUUCGACCAACUGCUCAUGACUCCGGCCUCCAUAGCAUCGAUAUAUCAACCAAAUAACCCAUUCAACCUAAAUUUCGAGGACUUGAAGCCAACAUUUGCACCAAAGGCCUUGGAACCAGACUCUCCCGUGGGCGAUGAGGAGGAAAAGGACAUUGAAGAAUUUGAAGAUGACUGUCUUGGCUGCCAACAUUACAAGCGGAACGUCAAAUUGCAGUGCUACACAUGCAAAAGAUGGUACACCUGCCGGUUUUGCCAUGAUGAAGUGGAGGAUCAUCAUCUCAAUCGACGAAAAACAGAGAACAUGUUAUGUAUGCUGUGUGGGCAUGCCCAAGCUGCCGCGCAGUGCUGUCAAGAAUGCGGAAAGCAGGCUGCGCAGUAUUACUGUAAUGUCUGCAAACUUUGGGACAAUGAUAGUGAAAAAAGCAUUUAUCAUUGCAAUGAUUGUGGGAUUUGCCGUAUCGGCCAAGGCCUGGGCAAAGACUUUUUUCACUGCAAGACAUGCAGCGUAUGCUUGCCCAUCUCGAUCGAAAAUACUCAUCGGUGCAUUGAACGUUCCACUCAAUGCGACUGCCCCAUCUGUGGAGAUUAUAUGUUUACUUCGCCAGAAACUGUAGUUGUCAUGCGAUGCGGACAUAGCAUCCAUCACAAAUGUCUUUCUGAAUACUCAAAAAGCUCAUCUCGUUGCCCAAUAUGCAGCAAGACCAUCACUAAUAUGGAAUCUACGUUUCGGAAUUUGGACCGCGCCAUACAAAACCAGCCCAUGCCCGCUGAGUUCAAGGACACGAAGGCUUUGGUUUAUUGCAAUGAUUGCAGUGCGAAAUCGGUCGUGAAAUAUCAUUGGCUGGGCCUAAGAUGUGACUUGUGUGAGUCGUACAACACAGCCCAAAUCCGGCUUCUGCAUGGUGAUGUCCUGGAGACUUUAGAGCAAAACGACGACACCAGCGGCAUCCUCUCUUCCCGAUACAGGUCAUCAUCCUAUAGCGCCGAUGAAGAAUUGUCACCUACACUUGCAUCGUUACGGAUAAAUACAAGCUCAGUACCAGGACCUAGCUUAAUGUCGCAACUUAGUGCGGCCUCAUCGGCUGGGCAGAAUGGGUCAUCAUACAAUCUUGCUCGGGUUCGUGCUGUAUCUCCAGUGAUCAGUAACUAUUUUGGCUUGCCCACAGACCGUGAUUCAGAAAAACCAAAAUCAAGCUCAUUCUUUGGGGGACAAGCACAAAAGGAUGCGGGAGAUGAUACAGGCGGAGAGCUUCGUCUCUGGGGUACAAAACUCAGGUAUAGAUAUGGGUUUCUCGACCGAGAAACAGAUCCGGUCGACGAGGCAUCAGAAGCCGAUGGCGAAGAGGACGAAAGCGAGACAUCAGAAGAUAGUGAUCUAGAAGAAGAUGAAGAUGUCGAAGAUGAUGACGAUGACGAGAGCAUUGAUAUUUUCGGCCAUCGAUGA